AUGUCUGGGCUUCUCGACACCGACUCGGUCGUCGACCAACGGGCCGGCAUGCACCUUCGACACGUCUUCCACCAUGGCCUCAACCUACCGGAAGAGCUCGAGAUGCUGCGCCACAAACUGCGCGUCCUCCAAGACGUCGUUGAUCACCACGGCCUGGCGUCGCGCGUAACCCCCUUCAUGUCCGACAUUGAAGAGGCUCGCGCGAUUCAGCACCGUUGCGAAUGCCUCGAAGCUGCUUGUGUUCGAGAUAACGCUGACCUUUUCUCUCCUUCUCUUUGCUCCCGCGAAAUAGACGUGGAUGCUGUCGAGCCCCUGAGAGGCUCUUCGCGAUCGGCGCCGCCAGGGUUCGGCUCUUGGCUGGACAAGCAUCUGGAGCUCCACGACCCUGUCCUCCGGGCCCAGCGGGAGUGCGGCAGCGAAGUUGUGUCCAGCGCUUAUCCGCUUCCCUCUCUAAAGUGCUGGGACGACCGGUGCAUCCACUACGUUUACGGUUUUCUCACCGAGCUUGAUCGGAGCAGCCACGCCCGAAUGCAUGCCUCUCACGCAAAGAGAGACUCGGAGCUCUCUGCCGCCAGUUCGUCGCUGUCCUCGUCGUCGGUUCUCGCCUCUGGACACGGUCCGUAUCUGUCCAAUGCCUCUGAACCGUUGGGCCCGUCGCCUCUCAUGCACCUUCCACGCCCCGCCCUGUCCUCCAAGCUCCCUCCUCUCAGAAUCCCGACGCCGUCGACCGAACGGCGAGACUCGCUCAUAACCUACGCAUACUCCAGCCGCUCCGCCGCCCCGAGGAGUGCCGUCGACGCCGAUGUCGAGCCCCUCCUCCCGCCAUUGAAGAGGAGCAGGGUCGGCAGCUUGCCUCGUCUCGAGUCUAUCGGAGAGCUUCGUCUCUUUCACGACCAGCGGCCAUGCCUCCGCUGUAAAGUGACAAAGAAGGAGUGCGAUAGAAAUCAGCCGUGCUCAGCCUGCUCAAACCUACCAUUGAUAAGUUCCGAGGACCAUUGGGCCGUCAUUGGGUGCUUCCGCAGUUCCCUCAGCACUUUUACCGACUAUUUACUGCCAGGCUCUUCUUUCUCACACGGACAAAUUCAAACACCCACAUCUUCCACGUCCCCCACACGACGACAAAAUGUGAACGAUUAUCUGCAGAGAACGGAUGCCUUUUGGUGGUCCGGACAGCAACAAUCUCAUAGAAGAUACGAUGGGCAUCACGAGACCCAGCAGCUCACCCAGGAUAUGGUCAGCCGCCCUCCACCUAUUCUCUGCGCCCUGGCUGCUAGCUGGAAUUGCCAGGAGACAUCAGCUAGCCCGCUCGAUCUCCUGAGAUAUACCGGAUAUAUAUCGCCCUCCCGCGAGGCCGAGGAGUCACAGUACCCAGUUUUAUACCAUGCAAAGGUGCUGCUCCGCGAAACUGCUUUUUACUGCCUUUUCCAUCCCAAACCGGUCCUUCAGUUGGAUCCCAGCUUCGGAUAUCAGCCCCCAUCAGACCGCCUGGAUUUUACCGGAGAGCACAGCCGGCUUGUCGAACAGGCCAUGGUAUCAUUCUUGCAGUCCUUUGAGACCAUUUCUCUGAGAAGUUCUCCUCUUCACUCGAAGGAAUGGCUGGCCGUUUUUUACUCUUUGUGUAUCUUCAGCAUAAUUCGCACCUUGCUCAUGGACCUCGCUUCAAUAUCGUUGCUACCUUAUCCGGCGUUUCGACAUCAAAGUCCACUCAGAGACAGUCCGCAGAACACCAUAGACAGCGUAUACAAGGCCUUGGUCCACUUGUUCAUCACGAGUGGGCCGAUGUUGACGGAUGGCUCUCCCAGCGAUGUUCCACAGGAGGACGUUCCCGUAUAUGAGCUCACGCGCCGCAUCAUGCGCAUGGAUACGUGGCAGGCCCGAAAUAUUCGCUCCAGUGCAGAUUUCCUCAUGAGUUUAGGAAGCGGAACUAAAGAUAUGUUUGGGUUCAAUGGCUUCAUCCGGCCCGGACGGCCAAACGUUGUUCCCAUCAUUGAUUCUCAGCUGUCAACUCCUCAGUCCAUCUCGGCACGUGAGCCACGGUGGUCAUCCGUGGGGAGCUCUGCAUUUCCUCCCGCACCCUCCCACAGAGAAAUACUACUUGGACCGCGUCCAGAGGCAUUGGACGAUGCUAACAUCAAUCGCGGAGGGGUUUCGUCUUCCUUGAGCCAACCGGUCCCAGAACACGUCGGACGUGCCAGGAGGCACACGGUUGCGGGGGAGACCACCAACAAUUCGAGCCCAAUCUUCGGGAACCACUUGACUCCCAUGAGAUUCAAGCCUGCCUACCAAAGACCACCUCUCCGGCGUGUGUUUUGCCGCAAGUGUAAUGAAUAUCCCGAAGGAUUUCGGGGCGAGCACGAACUGAGACGCCAUACAGAUGCUAAACACGCAGCGCUAGUAAAACGAUGGGUUUGUUGCGAGCCUGGAGGACAAAGCCCAGCAUCCCCACAACCUGCCAUUCCCCUUUCGAGCUGCAAAGCUUGCGUUAUGCAGAAGCAUUAUGGCGCCUAUUAUAAUGCAGCGGCUCAUCUUCGACGAGCUCACUUCAACCCCCACCGCGGAGGCAAGGCCAGCGGGGAUUGGCCGCCCAUGUCGUUGCUGAAAGACUGGAUGCGCGAAGUUAGGCAAUCUGUGGCGGAGGUGGGCGGUGAUGUGGACAAUGACAUGUCGAGUGAUGGCGAAGAGGAAGAAGACGUGAAGCACCCUACCAGAACGGUACCUCUGGCAGCUAUACCGCCGGCACCGGUGAUGGAGCUACCGCCGCCUAUCCCAAUCGUCAGCUCACACUUGUCAGUAUCAUCUGUCAGCUCGAUGACAGUAUCUCCAAGUAUCAUGGAAGAUCAGGUGCCAUGGGAAAUGGUCUCGAGGAGCCCGGUCGGCCGGUUAGCGCCGCCGCCGCCACCACCUCCGCUGUCACUGCCGCCACCAUCGUCCCAGCCGCCGAUCCCACACCACCUAUCGAGGCCUAUACCGACACCGCCAGCACCCGAGAACCGUAGCAGAUGCCCGUUCCCCGAUUGCGGGCGCGUGUUCAAAGACCUGGCCGCUCAUAUGCUCACGCACCAGGAGGAGAGGCCUGAGAAGUGCCCCAUUGAAUCAUGCGAAUAUCACACCAAGGGCUUUGCUCGCAAAUACGACAAAAACCGACACGCGUUGACACAUUACCGAGGAACCAUGGUUUGCCCGUUUUGCCCGGGGGUCGGCUCAGCCUAUGCAAAAGCAUUCAAUCGAGCCGAUGUGUUUAAGCGCCACCUUGCUGCAGCUCACCAGGUCGAACAGGCGCCUCUGCAUAGUCAUACCACCAACAGAGGUGGCCGGCUCAUUACACUUUCUGCUAAUUCAGGGGCUAGCGCCAUCUGCUCGAUUUGCAACAACCGCUUUGCCGCACCGCAGGACUUUUAUGAGCACCUGGACGACUGCGUGCUGAGCGUCAUCGUUCCGGCGGGUACCCGAGCGGCCAUGGAAACGAAUAACGAUGCUAACGACGAAGAUAAAAAGCCAAUACGAGGAGGAUCCGCCGGGGCCGGGACUGGAGCCGGAGCCGGAGUCGGAUCUGGCCCCGGUACAACCGGAGAACGGACAGCUGGGAAUGGAAAUGGGAACGGGAAUGGGAACGGAAACGGGACAGGAACCAUUGAUGGUACACAGGGAAUGAUUUACAUAAGAAGAGCGAAAAAGUCUGCACGGAUGGAAUAA